AUGUCAGCCAUUGCACAAAAGAAGGAUUUUUACGUUGGAACAGACAAGCACCGAUGGUGGAAGGAGGCCGUGAUAUACCAAAUCUACCCUGCUUCGUUCCUUGACAGCAACGGCGAUGGUUGGGGCGAUGUAAAGGGCAUCACAUCGAAGCUGGACUACCUCAAGGACCUAGGCAUCGAUGUGAUAUGGCUAUGUCCAAUCUACAAAAGCCCGCAGGCCGACAUGGGCUAUGACAUUUCAGACUACGAAGACAUAGACCCCAGUUACGGCACUCUGGCUGAUGUCGAUAAUCUGAUCCAGGAAACCAAGAAACGCGGCAUGAAGCUUGUUAUGGAUCUGGUUGUCAACCACACCUCCGAAGAGCAUGCAUGGUUUCUCGAUUCUCGAUCAUCCAAGGAAUCGAAGAAAAGAGACUGGUAUAUCUGGAAACCAGCAAAAUACGACGCCGAUGGCAACCGCCAACCGCCAAACAACUGGGCACAGAUCUUGGGAGAAGCCAACUCGGCGUGGACAUGGGAUGAAAAGACACAGGAGUACUACCUGUCACUGUUCACACCAGAACAGCCUGAUCUCAACUGGGAAAACCCCGAUGUCCGUGAGGCCGUACACAAUAUUCUCCGCUUCUGGCUGGAUCGUGGCGUCUCUGGUUUCCGCAUGGAUGUCAUCAACCUUAUCUCGAAGGUCCAAACCUUCCCUGAUGCAGCCAUCUCAGUCAAGGAUGCCAAGUACCAACCAGGCGACAAGCACUUUGCCAACGGCCCUCGCCUACACGAAUGGCUCAAAGAACUACGCCGUGAGGUUCUGUCAAAGUACGACACUCUGACCGUAGGCGAAAUGCCCUUUGUCCGCGAUGAAGACGAAGUCAUCAAAGUCGUCGGCUCAGAAAGUGGCGGGCUUAACAUGAUUUUCAACUUCGACCUGGUCGACAUCGACAACAUCCCCGGCGACUUCAAGUACACACUGCACCCCUGGGACCCACGUGAUCUCAAGAAAAUUGUAAAUAGACUACAGCGACUGAUGCUAGAGCGUGACGGCUGGAACACACUAUAUUUGGAAAACCACGACCAGCCCCGCAGCAUAAGUAGAUACACCGACGACAGCGACGAGUGGCGCUCCUACGGCGCAAAGCUUCUCUGUCUCAUGCAAACAACCCUCUCUGGAACCCUCUACGUCUACCAAGGCGAGGAAAUCGGCAUGCGCAACAUACCCAAAGAAUGGGGACCCGAGGAAUACAAAGACAUUGAAAGCAUCAAUUUCUUCAAGAAAUACCGCGACCUCUACCCCAACAACCCCGAAAAACAAGCCCUCGCCGCAGAAAUCAUGCAACGCAAAGCCCGCGACAGCGCCCGCACACCCAUGCAAUGGACUUCUGGCCCCCAAGCAGGCUUCACAUCCGGCACCCCCUGGAUGCAUAUCAACACCGACUAUCCCGCCAUCAACGUCGCCGAGCAACUCGCUAAUCCCACUCCAGCCCCCGGUACCUUAUCCGUCCACGCGUUCUGGAAGCGCGCCCUGGAGAAUCGAAAGGAAAACAAGGACGUUUUUGUGUAUGGCGAUUUCGAAAUGCUGGAUAUGGGGCAUGAAAAGAUUGUAGCGUUUAGACGGUGGGGCGAGGAUAAGGGCUUCGUUACUGUGUUGAAUUUUAGUGGGGAUGAGGUCAAGUGGGGGGGAUUGGGGGAUAUCAAGGUGAAGAAGUGGGUUGCGGGGAAUUACGAUGAGAGGGAGUUGGAUACGAAAGCGAAGAGCGGGGUUUUGGAGUUGAGGGCUUGGGAGGGCCUGUUGGGAUUGCUAGAGUGA